AUGCGUUUUUCCACUGCCACCAUCUCCUCCGCCCUCACCGCCCUCACCUUCCUCGUCCCCGCCAACGCCCGCAUCGCCGGCGUCGCCGCCCCGGCCGUCAUCGCCCCCGGCACCCCCUUCGUCGUCCAACUCCUGACCGAGAACUACAUCCAAACCGUCUACGACGUGUCGGCGGCCUUCGGCCUCUCCCCCGCCCCGGGCUACCAGGGCGCGCUCGGCACCACCAUCGGCAGUGUCUACAUCGGGCCCGGCAAAUCGAACAUCCUGGAGCCGCUCAACUUCACGGUCUCCAUUGACUCCGACACCAUCUACGGCCAGAAGACGCUCACCGCCGCCGUCAUGAGCUUGUACGGCGUCAGCAGCAGCCCAGCGUUGACGGGCUUCAACGUGACCGUCACGGUGGGCAAGGAGACAAGCACGGAUUACGUGCAGAGUUCGGGAUCUAUUGUCUUUUGA